AUGCAUCUGCCGGCAGGACCGAUGGGAAUGGACAGCUUCAACGCGAUACACGAGACGUUGCAGGCCUGUCACGGCGACCUCGUGAAGACCGGAAGUCCCGCCAUCCUGUGCAGCGCGUUGCCGUCACAUUGGCGGUCGAACAAGUCGCUACCGGUCGCGUUCAAGGUGGUAGCGCUCGACGACGUCACCGACGGUACCCUGGUCACCAUACGCGCCGGGAACGACGAGAACUGUUGCGGCGAGCUGAGGAAUUGCACGGCAGUCAUGAAGAACCAGGUCGCCAAGUUCAACGACCUCAGAUUCGUCGGUCGUAGCGGGAGAGGAAAGUCGUUCUCGCUGACCAUUCAGAUCAGCACGGUACCAUUCCAAGUCGCCACCUACACGAAGGCCAUCAAGGUCACGGUGGACGGACCGAGGGAACCUAGGUCCAAGUCGAACUAUCAGUACGGGCCUGGUUUCCCUGGACUGGGAUUACUCAACCCCUGGAUGGAUGUCGCGUAUCUGGGACACGCGUGGCACUUGUCCCACCCGGCUUUCAAAGGAACGAACCCGAUGCCACCGACGGAUCUGUUCUCGCCGACGUUCCCGCCGAUGGUUCUUCCCACGUACCCGUUCGCGAACGUGAAAUACCCGACAGAGUACACCACUCUGCCGCCGGAAGCCACCACCACCGCCACGACGCCGGCGGCCAUACCGAACAGCCCGUCCAGGACGCCACCGAGAAGUCCCAGCGACUCCGGCAGCGAGUCCGCCGCGGAGGAAGUUCGCAGCGCGUUCGUCCCUAUCAGAUUGAACACGCUUCCGCCCGCGUCGUCGGUGAUCGCCGCCACCGCGUCGACGCCCGAGAAAACCACCCCCAAGAAGACCACGGAGAGCCCGAGGAACAAGCUGAAGGCGCCCACGACCAUGAUCUCGCCGCAGCCGACGAAAAAAUUCUGGAGGCCUUACUAG